AGCUAUAGUAUAGCUGGAUCGCCUGGUUCGCAUUGUCGUGGCUCGUCUCUGGGAUCAAUUUUCCAAUACAGUACACAGCGACCAUCUCUUCUUGUUUGUGCCCCCUCAAAAGGAACUGUCUAUUGUUGGCGGUAAAAAAAAAAGGGAUUUACGUUUUGCUAUGGUUGUAAGAAUGUAAAUACACGCACGCAGACCAGCUACAGAGUCUUAAAGACAGAAGGCGACUGGAAAUGGACAGUGAUAUAUUCGCGUGAAAGAUUUUCGUCACAAAAACCGCUGCUUAUCAAAGGAAAUUUAUAAAACAAUCCUCUGGUAUACACCAAUCUCACAGCUGAUGGAUUUAGCCAAGGAAAGGGUGAAGAAGUUGUGGGUUUAACGCGUCGGAAGGACGGCAGAGACAACUCGUUUGGUCUCGGUGAUUAUACAACGACUACGUACUGCAUGGCAGUUUACCGCCAUAGACCAACCGCAUGCUGAUGAUAGCAGACAAUCGCCCUGGAAUCUAUAAAGAUACGGGGACGGGAAAUUAACAGCGGUCUAAUGGUAACAAUGAUGUCUCAGGUUAAAUUACCGUAAAAAUUGGAAGCAAGUCUUCAUAAUAUUCUUACCAGGCAGGGGAAAGGAGGAGUCCACCAUGUGGGAGGGUGUACCGUACCAAGUGAACUAUUCCAGGGGCUACGUGAUAGAGUACCUCAAGAACAACUACUCGGCAUGCGAGAGCUGGAUGCUACUCCCAGCCGAGAACCUCUGGGCAACGUGGCUCCGAGGACUUCUCUACAUCAUCACGAUGUUGUACAUAUUCGUUGGAAUCGCCAUCGUGAGCGACAUCUUCAUGUGCAGUAUAGAGGUGAUCACGAGCAAGAAGCGGAAAAUCUUAAAGUGGGACUCGGAGAGCAAAAAGCACAUAGAGAAGGAGGUGCUCGUCUGGAACGAGACAGUGGCUAAUUUGACCCUGAUGGCGUUAGGGAGCAGCGCCCCCGAGAUCCUCCUGAACGUCGUGGGGACGAUGCAGAAUCUGCAUAAGAUUCGCAACGAGGUUGUCGAGGACAGCCUGGGCACGUUCACGAUCAUCGGCAGUGCCGCCUUUAACCUUAUCAUUAUUACAGCGAUAUGUAUCGUGUGUGUGCCUUCGCCAGAGGUAAAGACCAUCAAGGAAUUCGGAGUGUUCAUGGUGACUGCCUUCUGGUCAAUAUUUGCCUACGUAUGGAUUCUGUUUGUUGUCUUGUGGAACUCGCCGGCCCAAGUGGAGAUCUGGGAGGCCUGGGUCACGCUGUUGUUCUGUCCGUUGCUGGUCCUGACGGCGUACUGCCAGGACAACGGCUGGUGGAUUAAAAGAACCAAAGUGCGAGGAGUGGAACCGCAAACUGGGAGUCAAAUGAACAUUCGUGUGGUGAAUGGAAACGUCAAAAAGCAUUCUGUGUUCCAUGGACCGUCUCCACAGCUCGCCUCGUUGGAGGCUGAAAGAACAGCAAGUCAAAUGAACUUGAAAGCAGUUGCAGAAGAGAGAACAAAUGACAUGCUUGUCUUGAAGGAUUUGGAGGCAGGUCCAGAGGAAGGAAGGUCUGAUAGGACGGAUGAGGAGAAGCAACAGUUUGCCAGAGCCAGUCGGAACAGGUUCAGGCACGCUGCUGUUCGCUCCAUCCUGGGAGGAAAGAAGAGAGUCAACGGUCACAAGCCUUCCUCAGCAGACUCCAACAAUCCCCGUCUUAUGGGCCUGGUGGACAAGGCUAAAACACUGCAAGACGAAACAACGAAUGUCCCGAUAACAGAGGAUUUACGGGGAAAGUUUACGUUCGGAGCGGCGAGUUACUGUGUCCUCGAGAGUGCCGGCAAGCUAGACGUGGAUGUACUCUUCCACCGGUCCAUUCCGAGGAGUGAGAAUGGAGUGACGGACAAUGGAAAGGCCUCGGCGUAUGAAGUACGAGAUGACAGGUCAAAGAAAGAUGACGAGUCCUAUUUUCGGUCUGUGGUCAGCGUUGCCUACGAGACUAGAGAAGGGACCGCGAAGCAUACGACUGAAUUCAAGUAUACCACUGGAAUUCUGGUCUUCAAUGAGAUGGAGUGGCAUAAGAAGAUCACCAUCCCCAUUGUCAACGAUAAUCAGUACGAGAAUAACAUGGACUUCUAUGUCAUCUUAAAGAACCCAGACGGAGGAGGAGCGCUGGGCGACCCUAGUCUGACUAGAGUCACCAUCAUUGAUGACGAUGUUCCUGGGGAAUUUUCCUUUGACAAUGCAAACUACAUGGCCGACAUGGAAAAAGGUUUAGUCACGGCAACAGUAACACGGAUCAACGGUAGUGACGGUGCAGUCACAUUACAUUACGGAACAAUGGAUGGAACGGCACGGGGAGGACCAGAAAUCAAUGAAAACAUUGACUUCAGGGCAACUACGGGCACGCUGAAAUUCGAACACGGAGAAACCUUAAAGAAACUUGAAAUUGAUGUCAACAAAAAGCCCAAGGGCUCUAAUAAGAACUUUGUGAUCACCCUACGGAAUCCAAGUCUGGGAGCCCAUCUCGGUGAACACAGUGCAGCAGUGGUCAGUUGUGCUACCGAUGAUAUCAAUGAGAGGCUGGCUAAUUUCUAUGCAGAUAACUCUGAGGAAGAAGAGGAAACAUGGCUGGGCCAGGUCAAAAGUGCAAUGACUGUAGGAGGAGACCAAGAUGAACAGGGCAAUGAGAUCCCCCCAGCCAAGAUGGACUACCUUCUUCAUUUUAUAACAUUCCUCUGGAAAGUCAUCUUCUCACUCAUCCCACCAAGGAGUGUUGCGGGCGGCUGGCCAGCAUUCGUACUCUCCCUCGUUUGCAUUGGUGUGCUAACAGCUUUAGUAGAACAGCUUGGUACCCUCCUGGGUUGUGUGAUCAACCUACACGCCAGUGUAGCAGGCAUCACCAUCAUUGCCCUGGGUACCAGUGUACCGGACACCUUCGCCAGCCGCACGGCAGCCGUUCACGACCAGUACGCAGAUGCCGCUAUUGGCAAUAUUACUGGGAGCAAUAGCGUCAAUGUCUUUCUAGGUUUGGGUCUACCGUGGGUGAUCAGUACGAUGUAUGCCAACUCUUUCGGUAAACCCUUCAGAGUGGAACAGGGUAACCUGGAUCUAGCAGUAAUCGUCUUCACUGCUAUGGGAUCUACGUGUAUCAUACUGCUUAUUCUCAGGAGAAAGUUCCUUGGAGGGGAGCUUGGAGGAAAGAAGGUCGUCAAGUUUGCCACAGCGUUCUUCCUCUCGUUCCUGUGGGUGUCGUACAUUGUGGUGUGUACACUCAAAGCAUAUGGUUUCAUCUAGCCAACCUGUUAUACACCACAAAAAGCUACAAGUCUUAUUUUGAGCUACAAGUAUUGCGGAUUUGUGUAUCUUACAAGUAACUUGUAAUGUACAGAUCUAUGGAUAGAUCCCCAAUUCAGGAAAGAAACUAAAGCGGUAACUAAUAAAGGGAUAUCGCUGACAGCUUCUUUACACCACAAAGAGCUGCAGGUGUUAUUUGAGCUGCGAGUCUUGUGAAUUUUUAUCUCCCAGCUUAGUUCGACACAAGUGUGUAUUAAAAGUAAAGAUCUUUGAACAAAUCCUGAAUUUAGGAAGAAGGAAAAACAAUGACAAAUCCCAAGCCCGGGAUGUUUAAAAUGAAGAGUGCUUAUCUGCGCGAACGUAGAAAUGAUUUAAGAAAGACCCAAGGGGACUAAAACAAGGUGACCAAUGAGAGGCAGGAGAAGAAGAAGAUGAGAACACAGAAUGAUUUAGAGAGAUUGUCCACAUGAAGACGGAAAGAUAUAAUAAUGACAAGUGAAUAGCAAGAUAUAGGAUGGACCAAGAGCAAGCAGGAAAAGAAGAGGGAGACGAUGGAGAGAUGAAAUCACCACAUGAAGACAUAAAACAUGGCAGGCAUGAUACUUCAUGGAGGCAACCACAGGCGGUUGCCCCCAUGCCCCCUGGUUAUUGCCUCGGUGCCAUUUGGUAUAAAUUUGCAAUAUCUUCAUUGGGUGCCCUUUACCAAGGAGGAAAUGCCUCGAUGCCCUUGCCCUUUUAAAAACGAAGCACACAGGCUUGACAUGGAGUAGGAUGACAAAGGAAAGAAAAUAAUUAAAAUUACUGGAGAGAGGCUUCAACCAAAGCCUAAUGAUGAUGAGGUAGACUUUGUUAUAAUAAUGUCAACUUGUGGAGAGAUAAUAGUCAGGUGACAAUCAGGUUUAACUGUGCAAUUAUACCACUGUGUGAUCAGGGAACAAGAGCUGUAAGUGAAAUACACUUUUGCUCCUUUUCUUAAAAGAAACGUCGGCAAGCUCAAAACAAAAAUAAGUGGAUAUCACCGAACACCCUAUGAGUAAUUGUGUUAUUACACCAGACCAAACAAGUUUGUAUAAUAUACUAGAUACGUGCGCUAUAUAAGACUUUGAUAUUAUUAAGACAAACUUGAGAUGGCUAUCAGAAUGUCAGUUAUAUCAUGCUCAAAUAGAAUGCUAAUGGCAAUAUAAUAUGCAAUCAGGUAUUUUACUGUUGUUCAACGAUUAUUGUUACCCAAGUAUAUAUAUAUACUAUCGUUACUGACAUUGCUUGCAAAGGCGAGCCAAUAUUUUACAUUGAUUUGAGUGUGGAAUUUGAGAGUUGAGUCUAGCAUUUUUUUCGGAUCCAAUGAACAAAAUGAAACGAAAUGGCGUUCAGUUGUAAAGGGAAGCAACAUUUAGCCAAUUGAAACAAACAUGUACUUUUGAUCUAGCAGAGGUAGCUGACUAUUUAUUGUAAAUAGAAAGUACUAUUUCUAUAAUUAGAGUCAAUACAUUCCACUAUCAGAAUAGGAUUCUUCUAAGAUAUUAUUAGAAAAUAUAUAAUAAUAUAUUUGAGGACAAACUUGAGUAAGUAAUUGCUAGGAUGGAUUUGUACACAUUCAUAUCAACCGUGAAGGAACAAAUGAUGUGAGCCUCAUAUUUCAGAAUUGACUCCUGUACUGAUGACGUCAAUAAUUGUUUAUGUCUUUAAAGGCAGUGGACACUAUUAGUAAUUACUCAAAAUAAUUAAUAUCAUAAAACCUUACU